UUCUCUUUGGUUAUAGGAACAUAUUAACCAAAAGCUUAUAAGUUGGGUCGCCCUUCAAUGGCAAAAUGGAAUACCUAAAUCAGUCCAAAACCUCUUUUUUCAAAAAAAAAAAAAAAAAAAAAAAAAUCAGUCCAAAACCAUAAAAAUAUUGUAAAAAAGUUGAAAUUUUCCUGACUGAUCAAUGUCAGAUCUGGGUAUUGGUUUUAACUAAUUGAAGAAAAAUCAUUCUCAAAUUCAUUAUUUUCCAUAGAAUUCAGAAAAACGAAGGAAAAAAAAAAAGAACAAAAAGAAAAUGGAGUUGUACAAUAGUGAUUAGGCUUCGGAUUUUUGGUGAGGGAAAGAGCCAGAGAGAGAGAGAGAGAGAGAGAGAGAGAGAGAGAGAGGAGAGAGAGAGUGUCAUUUUGACUUGGAAAUGUGUCGCAGCACAGAGGGGGAAUCUUAAAAUUUGGCUCAAACUGCAUCAUCAGCCAGCCAGAGGCUCCAAAAUCUAUUUGAAAUAAUUGCUAAGCAAGCCCAGAAAUGUUCAAAUCCGGAUUCAACUUGCCCUUCAUUUUUCUGCACUUGUUAAUCUUGCUGUUUUCUUGUACAACGUUCGCAAUCAGGAAGGAUAUUGGAUUCCUUGAGAAGCAAUUUUGCAGGAAUACAGUUCAAGGAAGAUACUUACUUUCUGAUGAUAAUGGCCAUGUUUGUGAUGCUCUGUCAGUGGAUCCAGUAUCUCGCUGCUGCCCUGAGAAAGGAGAUAAAUUUUCUUGUCAGGGAUGCGACCUUCUGUCACAAUGUUGUAAUUCCUAUGAAUAUUGUGUUUCAUGCUGCUUAAAUCCUUCAAAGACAUUGAAGCAACAUGUCCUGAAGAUGAGAGUUGCAAAACCAGCUACUGCAGGAACUUAUGCAAGUGUUUUUGAUUUCUGUGCUGGGAGGUGCCGUCAUAAUUCUGAGAGUGUGGUUCAUGAAAAUGCAUACAUUAGUGAUUUCCACCACUGCUUUUCUGUGUCGUCGAACUCUUUAGGGGCAAAUUCUACUAAUUUAGAAGCAAGACUUAUUGGCAUUAAUAUUGUUGUUGGAAGACAAGGUGAGUCAUGUGACUCAGUUUGCAAGUCAAAUGGACAAUCAUGUGUUCCAAAUAAGCUUCCAGUUCUUAAUCAAUGUGACAUUAUUCAGAAAUACAUGAGAUGCAAAGGAGGUUGCCUGGCAAGCGUUGGAGCAGACCAACCUGCUGAAGUUGUUGAUGGUGCUCCUAAACAUUUGAAUCCAGAAGCAUGUUUGUUUACUCGAACACAAUCAAUGAUUUCUUGUGAUGGUUCACAUCAGCAUACCCGGAGGCUAUGCCCUUGUGCAUAGUGCAGUUACUCGGUAAGUGUAUUGUUUUGAAUGUUAAAGUUUCAUCAUUGGGAGAAAGAAAAAGAACAUUAUCACAGCUCACUUAUGUAUUGAAGUAGCAGAAAUGUAGUUUACGUUUAUUGUAUAUGCAUACCUGGUUCAAAAAAUAUAUAUUAUGUACAUGCACAUUAGACACUGGGACAUUGGUAGAUGCUUGUUGGUUGUAUUCAAUCACUUGUUUCCUGUCUAAAUGGUUUAUCAGUUACUAAUACCAUCUGGAAAGAAAGUACAAUUAUUUAAGGCUAGAGUCUCUUCAGAAGGGUAAGAAGCUAUGUAAACAAUAAUUACAUUUAUAGCCUAGAUGAGCAAGGUUUUGAAGUUAUUUUUUCCGCUCGUGAAGUAAGUUAUUGUCAAAAACUCAUAAUCUUUUGGAAUGAAAUGUAGAAGUGUGAUACUUGUAGUCCAGGGAAACCA